AUGGCCUCGAGCAGCCAAACAGUGUCCUCAUCUCAUCCUUCAUCAGCUGAAUCACCUGCUCCUCCGAGGAAAUACGAUGUUUUUCUGAGUUUCAGGGGUGAAGACACCCGCAGGACUAUUGUCCCCUAUAUUUACCAUGAUUUGCAGAAAAGAGAAAUUGAAACAUUCAUGGAUGAGUCAGGGCUUAUCAGAGGGACGUAUAUCUCUCCGAGUCUGAUAACAGCAAUAAAAGAAUCCAGGUUAGCGAUCGUCGUUCUGUCACCAAACUAUGCUAAUUCUACAUGGUGUUUGGACGAACUGACAAUGAUUAUUCAAUGCAUGGAAGAGAAGGCCGCAACAGUCAUCCCAAUCUUCUAUGAUGUGAUUCCCUCUGAUGUCCGACAUCAGAGAGGGAGUUAUGCGAGAGCCUUCAGUAGCCUCCAACAAUGGUACAGGUGGUUUACAAGAGCCUUCGCUUGGCACCCAAAAAGUCUCGCACAGGACGAUGACAAGGUGAACCAGUGGAGAAUUGCUUUAACAAAAGUUGCCAAUCUCGCUGGGUUGGAAUCAAAAAAAUAUAGUUCUGACCUGGAACUUGUCGAAUGUAUUGUCGAAACCGUGUGCAGUAGCCUACGGCAUAUUGAUGUUGAGUGGGCAUGGUCGGCCACGGCAGAUUUUGUACCAUUUGGAGCAACAAGACGAGCCAUGGACAAGGUAAUGGGGGCACUUAAAGAUGAUGAGAUCACUGCCAUUGGGGUAUAUGGAAUGGGUGGCGUUGGCAAGACAAGUAUGGUGAAACAUGUCGGUGCACAUGCCCGAAAACUUGGUCUUUUUCAUCAUGUGAUUAUGGCUGUUGUGUCCCAAACACCUAAUUUGAGAGAUAUUCAAGGCACGCUGGCUGAUCUGCUGGGGUUUAAAUUGUUGGAGGAGACCGUAGACGGUAGAGCGGCUAGAUUGAUGGAGAAGAUAAUGAAAGGAAAUAGGAUCCUUAUAAUUUUGGACGACAUGUGGGAGAGAAUAGACUUGCCCAGAAUUGGAAUACCGAGCCAGCAUGAGCUUCAAAAGUGCAGUUCCAAAUUCGUAUUCACCACAAGGAGAUUGAAUGUUUGUCAUUCGAUGGAGAGCCAAGCAACGAUUCCUCUCUUAGGUUUAUCAAAUGAUGAUGCUUGGAACCUGUUUGUGAAGAAAACAAUAAAGUCUUUUCAUGAAUCAACAAUCUUUUAUAAUGUAGCGAGGACUGUAGCUAAAGAAUGUGCUGGUCUCCCAGUAGCAUUGGUAGCAGUUGCAAGGGCACUUGGAGAUAAGGACUUGGAUGAUUGGACUGAAGCAGCUAGACGAUUGAAGGCUGCUCAACCUGCCAACUAUGAAGAUAAGAGAGUUGUGUUCAGAUGUAUAAAGUUGAGCUAUGAUUACUUGACACCUGAUGAUGACAACAUCUCCAAGAAAUUAUUCUUGCUUUGCUGUCUGUUUCCUGAAGAUUCUGAUAUUAAGGUCGAAGACUUGUUGGUGUAUGCACUUGGGAAAGGACUAUUUCAAGAUGCUGACACAAUCAAUGCAGCCAGAGCCAAAGCCCAUUUGGUGGUCAAUUACCUGAAAGAUUCUAGCUUACUUUUGGAAAGUGAACACUACGGAUUUGUGAAGAUGCAUGACGUAAUUCGAGAUGUGGCCGUAUCAAUUUCAUUAUCGGAAGAUGGAUCACGGUUUUUGGUUAAAGCUGGUUGUGAAUUAAAGUAUUGGCCAAGGAUCACUCAUCAAGACUACUGCGCAAUCUCCCUAAUGAGGAACGAAAUUCACGAGCUUCCCGAAAGGUCUCCUAACCAACCUCCAAGCUCUCUAUUUAGAUGA